AUGACAAAGGCACCAGCAGUCGUGAUAGUUGUCAGACAUGGUGCGAGACUCGACGCUGCCGACCAAUCAUGGCAUCUCACAUCGCCCACACCAUACGACCCACCGCUCACGUACGGUGGUUGGAUUCAGUCGAGAGCGCUGGGUUUGCGCAUAGCUAGUCUCCUCCACGAACGCGAGAAGACCAAAGCCUCGUCGGGCACCUCAUCGCCUGCUGGACCACCUUCAGAUGCUGGCCUCGGCAUCAAGGAAUCUGCUCUCUCCGAAGCCAACCUACCAGCCAGAUCGACGUCCAGGUCGCGAACGAAACCCAGGAAGCACAAAGUCGUCAUCCAUUCGUCGCCAUUCCAGCGAUGCGUCCAAACGGGUAUCGGCAUCAGCGCUGGCUUGUCGCAGUACCAGGGAUUGCCAGCCGUCGCCCGGAAGAGCAGCGAUGCACGCAUCAAGACACUCAGCCAGCUCCGUGCCUCCCCCAGCCUGCGGCCUAGGGACGCUUCCGCCUCUCCACAGUUACGCCCGGUACCCGAACAUGAACAAGAGUUGCGCGAGUAUCCGCACAGUUCGCUGAAAGAGCAGAAGGACCCCGUACCACAAAGCCGCACCAUUCUCCGCGUGGAUGCCUUCUUGGGCGAAUGGCUGUCACCCGACUACUUCGAAAUGAUUACGCCGCCUCCCGAGAGUACCUUGAUGGUCACAGCCGCAAAGGCUGAACUGCUCCGCCAGGCAGACAAGAUCGAAACCUACACACCAUCUUCCCCUAUCGUAUCAGGAGGCAACCUCUGGGGAACACCGCAAGCUGCCCGUCAGCAUUCGAGUUCAGUCAGCAACGUUCCCUCUCCUCUGUCGCAUGAAACCAAUGGUCCCUUGGAAAACUGGCACGUCUUCUCCCGCGACGUGCCUGCAAGAGAUCGUACAAACAGCCUGGGUACCACUAAGCCCUCGGAGCACUUCAGACCUGCCGAUUCCUCGCCUGUGUCUCACAGGCACAACAAUUCUCUUGGUUACACCCCACCUACCCCAACCUAUGCCAUUUCUCCUGGCGACCCAAUUCCUCGUGGCUACGUUGCUCACGCCCGUGAUCAAUGUGUCAAAGUCGAUUACAAAUGGGACAGCAUGCGCGAGCCGCACUGUUGGGGUGAUGGUGGUCGCUUUGGCGAGGAAUGGAGUCAGAUGCAUAAGCGAUUCCGCCAUGGCUUGUCUAGUAUGGUUGACUGGUAUACCACGACCCAGUCAGAGUCGAAGCAACCCGCUCAUUAUGACCAAGAAGCUGCGUCUGGAGCCACUGACGAUGAUGACGAAGAUCUCGUGGUAGUUCUGAUCACUCACGGAGCCGGCUGCAACGCUUUGAUUGGCGCCCUUACCAACCAACCUGUACUACUUGAUGUCGGCAUGGCCUCGCUUACCAUGGCCGUACGCAAAGAUGACGCAUCUGCCUCGCCAUCUACAAGCCAGCACAUAUCACCUGUUGGUUCGCCAGCUCCAGGCAACUCGCCCUCACUUGGUCCUGCUGACGCUGUACACCGCCCACUACCGCGUCGUCAGAGUUCUAUGGAUUCUGGGUUGUCUUCGCACUAUGAGAUGAAGAUAGUUGCAUCGUCCGAGCAUCUGCGUCCCGGUGUUGAUCCUACCAAAGCGUCUGCACCCGCGACGUCUUCUCCCAUCAUGUCUGCUUCACAAACCGUGCCUCAAUCACGUAGUCGCCGUUUCGGGUCUGCCAGCUCGCAUGCUUCAGCAGGCGCGCCUGUUGAUUCAAACUGGAACUUGCCCGAGCCAAGAGCCAGAAUUAACAGUUCGCUUGGCAGCAUGCGCCGUCCAUCACGACCUGUCAUUGCUCCUGUGGUAACGAGUCCUGUUCUUCCAUCUGCUGUGAAGAACGACUCGCCUACUGGCCUUUGGAAUCCGAUCAGUGCCAAAGACAGCGAUUCGCCCAACUUCCUCAACACUUUAGCUCGUUCAAACUCGUUAGCUGCACGCCUAUCAGCUCCUAAGGCAACUAGUUCAGAGCGUUCGGUCUCACCCAAAGCCGAGCCCAGAUCCACGCCAGCAGAAAUGGAAGAGACUGCCAUUAAAGAAGAAGCCAAGUCAAGUGUAUCUGCACUACCCACAGUCGAUGAAACACCACCAUCAAAUUUGGCUCGGUCUCUUAGCCAGAGAGGCCUCUGGGGCAGUGCUCCAAACGGUACUUUCCCUCGCGAAACGGGCAUACCGAAGAGACGCUGGACUGUGGUGCAGGACUGA